AUGCUGGUGCUGACAGAGUGAGAGCUUCGGCUCAGCUGCCGCCGCCAACCGAGGAGAGAUCAGCGCCGCCGCGCGAACUGGUUCACCGGGGAGGACCCGAGCCGUGCUGAACGGUCCGUGCGCCGCAACUUCACCCUCCUUGGGCGUUCCCGUAGCGGGGCCGUGCCGUCUUCGAGCGCGCGCGCGACGCCGACGCGGUGGCAGCUCGCUGCCCAUGCGGAGCACCGGCGGCAUUGCGCGGCUCGCCGGGGCACUGAUUUGUGGCGAGCGAGAGCUCGCGUUUCUUCGCUGCCCUUCCCAACCUGAUCCAGUACAUCGCCGUGAGCAAUCUCCGUGCAAUCGAGACGUCGCCGGAGGAACGCCGGUAUGCUCUGAAGAAUUGGAUCUAGUGAGGUUCAAUUGAGCUCAAGGAGGAAGACGCGCGGUUGCCGAGGAAAUGAGGAAGAAUUGGGGGUUCGGCUCCGGCCCCGCGCGGCCGUUCGGUGACCGCCGGUGGCUGCUCCCCUUCCUCGCGAGCCUGCUUGUCACGGCCACGCUCCUACUCGCCGCCGCCUGCGGCCUCUUCGCACCGCCCUACCCCGGCGGCGGCGGCGACGCCGUCCUGUUCGAUGUGGCAUCCUUCGCCGGCUGGGACGACGGCUCGUCGUCCGGCGACGGCGCCCGCUCCGUGGAGUCUGGGAUCAAGGACCGCGUCCUGGGCGACAACGCCGCCGCUAGCGACGACGAGAACCCUGACGACGCGGCCGUGAACUCGGACGACUCCGACGCCGAGCCGCCACGGAUCGCGUACCUGCUCGAAGGCACCAAGGGGGACGGCCUGCGGAUGCGGCGGACGCUGCAGGCCAUCUACCACCCGCGCAACCAGUACAUCCUGCACCUCGACCUGGAGGCGCCGCCGCGGGAGCGGAUCGACCUCGCCAUGUACGUCAAGGGCGACCCCAUGUUCAGCCAGGUCGGCAACGUCAGGGUCAUCGCCAAGGGCAACCUCGUCACCUACAAGGGGCCCACCAUGGUCGCCUGCACGCUGCACGCCGUGGCCAUCCUCCUCAAGGAGGGCCUCGAAUGGGACUGGUUCAUCAAUCUCAGCGCCUCGGAUUAUCCGCUCAUGACACAAGAUGAUAUACUUCACGUGUUCUCUUCUUUGCCGAGAAAUCUUAAUUUUAUAGAGCACUUUCAGUUAUCUGGGUGGAAAGUUAAUAUAAGGGCAAAACCAAUUGUUCUGGACCCAGGGCUCUAUCUAUCCAAAAAAUUUGACCUUACUACGACUACUGAGCGGAGAGAAUUGCCAACAUCUUUCAAAUUAUAUACUGGUUCUGCUUGGAUAAUGCUCACAAAAUCCUUCCUCGAGUACUGUAUAUGGGGUUGGGACAAUCUCCCACGAAACCUCCUGAUGUACUAUGUCAACUUCAUCUCCUCGCCAGAAGGCUAUUUCCAAACUGUCAUCUGCAACUCUGCUGAUUUUCGGGGCACUGCAGUUAGCCAUGAUCUGCACUACAUCGCUUGGGACUACCCUCCAAAGCAGCAUCCACUGAUCCUCUCAAUGAAGGACUUUAACAAGAUGGUGAAGAGCGGCGCACCAUUUGCACGGAAGUUUCCCAAGGACGACAAGGUCCUGGACAAGAUAGACCGUGAGCUUUUGCACCGCUCAGAGGGACGGUUCACCCCAGGAGCAUGGUGUGAUGGGAGCUCUGAUGGUGGGGCUGAUCCAUGUCUGUCUAGGGGUGAAGACUCUGUUUUUGAGCCUGGUCCUGGUGCUGAGAGACUGCGAGGCCUGAUGAAGAAGGUGCUGUCAUGGGAUUACCGUAAUGGCAGCUGUUCGUCACUCGCUUAUGACCAGACCAAGAGAGAUUGGUAUGUUCCUAAAAGUAAAGGAUAAUUUUGGUGUCUUGUGGUUUCUUAUAAAUGCAACACUUGACCCCUUCCAUGAAAUGAACAACACGAAGGAACACAACUUGUUGACCAAGAAAAAUUGUUUAUAUGUACUACUACUCAUACAUAUGACCAUAAGAGAGAAGCGGUUAUUGCACGGAAAUCAAUGAUGAUGGAAAUUGACAGAUCUUUCAUAUGUUCAAUAUCGCUCGUGUGCAAACUAGAAAAGAACAUUUCUCUCGUGCCCUGUUUGUGGUCAAGGUCUCACUUUCCACCUGUUUUUUGUGCCCGAUCACAAUCAAAUUGGAAGACCCUGAUUUGGACUGGACCUGAAGUAUGCAAAAGGGAAAGUCUGCCAAGAAUUUUUCCAUCUGUAGACUGGAUCACAUGCUGCAUUCAGAAUAAUCUGUUUUUUCCCUACCAUAGAUAAUUCUGCCUGUCAGGUUGGUAGCAUGAUCCAUAGCAUUGAGAGAUGUAGAUAGCCUCAAGUGUUCAACAGAUGAAGAGAUUCUCUUCCCAACAUGUCUAUCUGUAUGCCUGUGUGUCUUGAACCUGAAUUUUCUGAAUAGAGAGCAAACUAUCUGUCUUAAACUGAAACUCUAGAAAGCUUGGCUGAUUGGAUUC